AUGUCAGUGCGCGAUCGCAAUGCUCAGCACGCAUCCAAGGACAAAAAUAUGGCAACGCGCACGCGUCAACGCCGUACACUUCUUGAGUGUAUGUCGCGUCGAACUGUAUUUCGAACUCUCUCAUUCCUUUCAUUUCAUGAUAUCAUUAACUUGCUAUGUGCAGAUAAACGACUGCGUCCAUUCGUUCACACCUCGCAGUUCUCACCAUGGCGGAAACGGUUCCUGAAGUUUCGUGCGUGCGAAUAUGCUUACGAACGGCAUGUAUGUGCCCCUAUCGAUGAAGAUUCGCAAAACUAUGCAGAGGAUAAUGCAUUUGUACAUGCAUAUGAAGAAGCUGUCAGUGCUUUGGGUCUGUCGGUAGCACCCACGCAUCUUCACGAUGUUAUUCCUUCUUUGCUCUCCACUCAGCACGAAUCGUGUAUUCCAUCGAGAGAGGCUUGUGAAUUCGUGAUCUCUUGGAUACUUGGUCGUGAGCCAGCGUCCAGCGCAUAUGUGCGUUUCGACCAUGAGCACGCGUCGGAGCUAUUGUACCAUAUGCGUCUUUUUCUUAACGUUCUGCGCCUAUCGCGAAAUCUGGACCCAUCGUUGUCGUCGUCCUCGUCCUCGACGACAAUCCCAUUAUGUUCUCAAACAAUACUUACCUUGGACGCCGACUGUGCCAGCACACUUGUUGCUUUCUAUGGACCACGCGCCCCUCUAUCUGCGCCUGAUGAGCUCACCGAAGAACAGGCGAAGUUUGUGGAUUUUCAUGUGCGUCGUACAGAUCUUGUGUGCGUUCAGGCAUAUGCUGGUACAGGCAAGACUCGUUCGCUUCUUGCAUAUGCUCAGCGGCGCCCACACCAGCGGUUUCUCUACAUCACUUUCAACGCAGCUGCGGCCAAGUCUGCAAGGCAUGUAUUUCCCCCUAAUGUCGACUGUCGUACUAUGCACUCCGUCGCAUUGCGACAUGUGUCACUACCAGAGGGUCAAGAGCUUAGAACAUUACGCCCCCGAGACGUGGUCCGGCUUCUUGGAGCACGCCUGCCGGAAGGUAAACGAAUCAAGGAGGGUACUCAUCCACGCAACAGUGCGUUAGCACCAACUACCGUGGCGCUGUAUAUCCUUCGCACCUUGGAUCGCUACAUGCAGUCGACGGAUGAGCACGUGCGAUCAGAUGCCCACAUCCCUAAGAACAUGGCGACGUCGACUGACCUUCGCGCCCAUGAUGUGGCUGAGGCUGCUCAGCAGCUGUGGGACAUGAUUUGCUCACAUGCGUCGCCAUCGAAGGACAAGCAAGUACCAUGCCCGCAUGAUGCGUAUGUUAAGCUGCUCCAGUUGCAAGCACAUGCGGGUAUGCGCUUUUUUGCUGACUACAAUGCGCUUCUUCUGGAUGAAGCGCAGGACUUGUCCGCCUGUCAAACGGCUAUAUUGUUGCGUGCGCGUGGGCAUUGUGGUGUCAUUGUUGUUGGUGAUGUACAUCAAAAGAUAUAUGGAUUUCGUGGCGGUAGUGCAACUGCAUUCAAUGCUCGCCUAUACCCCCCAACUGCCACGUUUCAACUUACUAAAAGCUUCCGCUUUGGACCACAAGUUGCCAAGCUAGCGACCAAGAUUCUGCAGCUUAAAGCGCCGCCUCCGUGGCAUAAUGAGAAAGAACAUGGGCUUUGGCAACGACCGCAGCUCUCUGGACACGGUGCGGAUAUAGUGCAUCGCGAUCUACGGGCGGUUUCUCGCCGCCAUACGCGUGUGUACCGUACGAACUCUUUGCUUACACGCGACUUGUUGCAACUCUCUGCAACUCUACCCGAGAAUGACUGUAUAUACCUCAAGACGAGUCAGAACUUGUCGCACCAAGCAAUCACGAGCUUGCUUCGUGACGGACACAAACUGUAUCAUGGUGACGUAUCAGCGAUUUCAAGCGGCUCGCCGUUGCGUGAGUUCGCUGCAUGGAAGGAGCUCAUCGAGCAUGUGGAAGCUGAAGAUGCUACUGAUAGCAAGCUGACACUCGUCCUCUCUCUGGAGGAAAUGAUCUCUGCACCUGAUUUUCUCGAUAGGCUCCAAGGCCUUGAGCGUCGUUUCUGCACCAGCGAAGACUCAGCUACGAUUGUACUAACGACCGUGCAUCAAGCCAAAGGACUCGAGUGGAAGUGUGUUGUAGUUGCCGAUGACUUUUCGCCCACACUCGAUGCUUGUACCCCGUCUUUGCGCCCACAAGUAUCACAAUUCUUUGCGCAGGACGAGCUCAAUCACAUGUAUGUUGCUAUGACACGAGCUCGUAGCGAGCUCAUAAUACCACCAUGCAUACUUCAGUGGCUUAUUGCGCUAGAUGGUUUGUUUCGAUAUCGGUUUUGUGAAAAGAGGCGCACGUCGAAAUGCCCUCGAUGCCAGCAAGUGUCAAGUCUGGUGCAGAUGUGUGAGCCAUUCUUCUGCACACUCGACUUUGAUGCUCGUGUGGAGACCUUGGGUUGCUUAACUUGCGUGCGGUCCUUGCUAUCGGUCGAUGAUGAUUUGCACGAUUUUGUUCGUUGGAUUGACGAGUGCGGUGUAAGCACUGUCACUGGGAAGCUUACGCCUGCGAGCAUUGAGCGGCACAAACGCAAAUACGAAGCCAAACCAGCGUCUCAGCGAAAACGCACCCGGAAUGCUACGAAUCUUGUAAUUAACCAUGGACGCUUAUCGGCAUUACUACCUGCGACAGGACAGGAUGCCGGUCCGGAAUCAGCACCUGCCCUCUUAAUGGCACAGACGCCCAUGGGCAAUGUUUCACGCAGUUUACGGGCACAAAAGUAUUUGGACAUGCUCGACGCCAGAAAGGACAGUGUCGAGAGAUGGCUCGAACUUGAGCAAUAUUGGCUGUCAGACACACAAGCGGCCUCGUCUGCCUCUGGGGACUCUACAUCUACAAUGAUUUCUUCUUUCAACUAA